AUGCGAUGCGCGAGCAAGGCCGCCGAGAGCGCGUCUGCACGUCUCUGUGCGGACGCCGAAGCAGAAACUACAGCAACUGAUAUCCCAUCGGUUGCUGAAUCGACUCAGCCUGUAUCACCUGGUGAUGCAGGCGCUGGUCAUGAAGACACUCGUGUCUUCACAGAGUACGAGCUCGGUGUCUCGUACUCUCCUGAUACGGAUGACGGAUCCGUAUCGACGGCAAUUGAAUCCAAGCCGCCUGCCAAGCGUGGCAUGGACGAUGCUUUGCGUCGCAGCAUCUUUGGUUCAUCUGAUGAGUCAGAUGAACCAUCGCCGAAGCGAAGGCGCUCGAGGUCGCGAGACUCGGGCGCUAAUAGUGGUGUCGUUUCUCCAAUGGACACCACUUCACAGCGAGGUGCCAGUACUUCUGUCGGCACGUCGCAGGAAGAGCGGGACCGCAAUGUGUUGCGUCUCGCUCCAGAAAAGAAGGCAUGGAUGCCUCCGAAAUCUGUCAUGGAUCACUUGUCGGCGACGACGAGUGAUCGUUAUCGAACACGAUUGUUCGAUUCGUCAAGGAUCCAUCACCUUGACCCCAGCGCGAAAGACUAUCGCGCUGAGCAUGAGUUCUUCAUCGAUGCUUUCUUCAGACAUCGAUGGUACAGUGGGGAAUCACAAACGUGA